UAGAAACUCGAGACCAUUCCGGUUGAUCCCGGUCCGACGGCACAUUCAAAGCCGCACUUUCACGCCAUCGUCCGCGAAGUGAGAUCGAACGUGCAAUUCUUUUCACCACGCGUUCGCGGCUCCGUUGAAGAAUCGGCUAAAGUAUCGAAACGCGUCUUGUGAUUUUCAAAGCGUCAAACAAAGAUGAACAUCAGUGCGGGCGCAACAGCGCGCGACAAUGUAUGAGGAGGAGUCUGACAAGAGAACUCGAAUCCGGAGUGACGUGACAGUGGUAGGAGGACCCUGGUCUCACAUUAUGUGCAUGACGAAUUGAGUAGUGCAGUGACCGACCUUACGAUAUUGUCGCGUUUCUUUUAGUGAUCGCUACUUGUGAGACGUUGAACACGACUUUGUGAGACGAGAGUCUCAACCACGGCAGCAAAAUUGAGCUGGACUUGCACUCACGAGCCGCCGGCCACUUUAUGAGAGCCGGCGGCAACAUGUGCGACGGCUCCUUCACAGAAACUCUGCGCAGUAUGCAAGGAAUGACGGGUACAACGACACCGGCACUACCUGGUGGUAGCGCCGGUGUCGGUCACAUGGGAGUCGGCCUCGGUAGCCCGCUCGGAUCAGCAGGCAAGAAGAUGCAGGGAGAGCACAUCAAACGACCAAUGAACGCUUUCAUGGUCUGGUCACGCCUACAACGACGGAAAAUUGCGCAAGAGAAUCCGAAAAUGCACAACAGUGAAAUCUCCAAGAGGCUCGGUGCAGAAUGGAAGCUUCUUACGGAAGACGAGAAACGCCCGUUCAUCGACCAGGCGAAGAGGUUACGUGCUCAACACAUGAAGGAACACCCUGAUUACAAGUACAGACCGCGAAGGAAACCCAAGACUUUAAGGAAAGAGGGUUACCCUUAUAGCAUUCCGUACCCAAGUGUUCCGAUGGAAGCUCUUCGAGCUGGGAUGGCCAGUGGCAUGGGACAGGCUGGAAUGGGCUCCUAUUACACCCCUGCCGCGGCUUACGGCUCGCUCUCGGCAGCUAGCAUGGCUGCAGCCGCUGCCGCGGCUGCACAACAGUCAGCCGCCAUGUCUGGUCUCGGGGCACCUGCUCAAGUAGUGGGCUCGAUGGACGCCAUGAAGUACUCCAUGGAGGCUGACAAGUACCGCGCCGCCUAUAUGCCGCCCAGCACUCUAGCAAUGAGCAUGUAUCCGGAUCCCAAGUACCUGGAUUCUUCCAAUCCCAAGGCUUAUCUGGAUCGCACCUACUUAGACGCGAAGGCGUACUUCGAGGGAGUGCAGCAAUCGAAACUGUACAUGGAUCAGAAACCGAUUGCGGAGUACAAUCGGCCCAGCUACGAGCCCAACAAGCUCUACGAGGAGUCCAGCCCGGGUAGCGUCGUCGGUGGAAGCGGACCUGCGAGAUCACCGCCCGCGGAGUCGCCGGAUACCAGCAAGCAACACGAGAGGACGGAACAGGGCUCGUCCAGCGCGAGUUCAACAUCGACAUCAUCGGCCGCGAGCCCGGGCGCGACUCUGCCAGCGUAUUAUCCCGGAUCGGUCCAAGCUGGCGGCUUGUUGGGCCCGCAGAUGGGUCAGUACGGUGGAUACCAAAUGGCACCGGCACCAGGAAAUGAAUCUUUUCGGCGGCCGUUGGUUAUCUUGUGACCCGAUAGAGCGUAGCUCUGAUCUAUCUUCGAGGAGCAGUUGCUAUGAUGGCUGCCGCGGACUCGACGGAACGAAACCCCAACGGCACCUAACGGAAGCGCAGACUUUUCCGGGUGUUAUCAGUCGCGGUUCCGAUGAUGUGAAAAACGGGGUGGUGUGAAUUUCGAGACAUCCUCAAGAAGGAUAAUUGCUACGUGUCUCUCUUUCUCUCUCUUUCUCGAUCGUGAUGAUCGUGGAUCGUAGAGUCGAGGCAAAAAUUAAAUCGUUGUUUACCGUUAAGCCAUUGAGGAAAAGGAUUAUCCUUUAAAUCGAGCCAAUUAAGCAAAAGUACUCCAAGAUUCUAUGGAAUUUUUCAACAAUAAUUAUUUUCUCAUUGUAAUAGUUAUUACGGAUUUAACAAAAGCUUGCAACAGUCCACAUUAAUCACGACAUCCUGAUCCUCGAUUUUUUUUCUAUAGAAAAAUUAAUGGGAAUCCUUGAAAGAUUCUGAGGGUAGACUGAAUGCGAUGAAAUGAAGAUCUCACAAAUAAAUUUUCUCAAAUUCCUACGGAAUUUGGAGAAAUGGAAAAGAAGAGAACACCGUUACUUUCUAAAACGGAGGUGCAUAACUUACGCAAACAAUCUAUUUAAAAAUUAUUAUAGAAGACAUUCUUAAUCCAACAUCUGCCGUUCAAGACGAUCGAUCUGGAAGAAUUUUAUCGACUAACAAAGAAAGAUUAGGCAGUUUCCUGACAGCAAGAUAUAAUCAAUAGUGUCGCUCUAGCAACAGAAUUGAAUCUGGCCAAUGGACUACUUCGAGAAACGGAGAACGACUAAUGACAGUAAUGUCGUUGAAGAUGACAACGAAGACCGGGAGGACUUUCGCUGUGUCGUCGGCUGACUAGUCUUGACCGAGAUGUGUUGAGAAUUGUACAUAGUCCCUGUGUAAAUAGUGUAGUAAAAACUUGGCUUCUUCCGGAUUUCCGCGCGCGAAUCCGCUUUCUUACGGUCUCUCCAUCCAAGAACGCCAGGAACUCGUAAUCCUUGAGGAGAAAGCAGUACAAAUGGAAUCAUGUGCGUGCGUGCUGUCCAAGAGCUGUCGUGAGUGUUCGAUCUCGAACGAUGUAAGAACAAUUUAUACUUUCUUUUUUGAAGACGAAGGAAGCUUCAUUCAUGCCGGAAGUUGUAUAAACCUUCGUAAAGGUAUAUAAAUUUCGUACGUAUGCAAAAUUUAUUUUAUAAGAAAUUUAUUUAUAAGAAAUUUAUUUUUUAAGAAAUUUAUUUCUAAAAACACUUUUUUAGAGACUUUUUUUUUAGAAAAUCA